AUGGGGUUAAACCAUCUUUGUUUUGCAGAUGAUGUAGUCUUGUUCUGCAAAGGGGAGUAUAAGUCUGUUCAUUUGUUGCUGCAAGGCAUUAAUUUGUUUGCUGCUACUGCUGGGUUAAAGGCAAGUCCUGCAAAGUCUGAGUUCUUUAGCUGUGGGCUUAAUGAUCAGGAGAUUAUACGCAUAAAAGAAAGCUCAGGGUUCAAUCAUGGCAAUUUGCCCUUCAGAUAUUUGGGUGUGCCCAUCUCUACUAACAAACUUUCUGCAGCAGAUUGUGAGAAAUUGGUUGAGAAAAUGAUCUUCAUCCUUCCUAAAGCUGUUGUGAAGCAGGUAAACUCUAUAUGUAGAGCCUUUUUGUGGACAGGGUCCUGUGACAGUGCCAGGCCUGUGUAUGUGAAUUGGGAUGAAACUUGUAAACCUAAACAUCAUGGUGGUUUAGGUUUUAGAAAUAUUAUACAUUGGAAUGUGGCUAUGUUGGGUGGUUAA